GUAUGUUGUAGAUGGCUGAAAAUAUAUUCGGUGGAGUACACAUGUCGUCAGACGUAGCGACGAGUGAUUUAUCCAAAGGCCGGUACUUAGGCUUCCAAUCUUAUAUCAGCUAUAGGAAGUUUUGUACCGGGCGCUCGUAUAACACAUUCUGGGACCUGAAAGAUGUUAUAAGUGCAGAGCGCAUCCACCGUCUCAUGCAAAACUAUCAAGAUGUGAGGGACGUGGAACUGAUGAGUGGGUUAUGGUCCGAGACGCCAGUACCGGGGGGGAAGGUCCCUCACACUGUGUACUGUUUGUGUGCCGACCAACUGAUAAGGUCUGCUGUAUCAGAUAGACAUUGGUACGAAAGACCGAAUCGACCGCAUGCGUUUACACUCGAACAAUUGAAAGCCAUAAGAGGAGUCACGAUAGCCGGCGUGAUGUGCGACGUCGGCGAUUCUGUUUACCAGAUACAGCCAGCUGCCUUCCACAGCAUUUCUGAAAGGAAUCAACUUACUAAAUGCAGUUCAUCAAAGAUUGGAAAAUUAGUACUGUCUGCUUGGAAAGAUCCCAUACGCAGUUGAAAAUAAAAUUCUCUAUCCUUUUGCAUUCUAUUUGAAAACAGACUCUUAUUAACUAUUAUUAAAUUCAUUUAUGCUUUCAUAUCCCAAGAUGUAGUCCCAACGAAAUGUAAAUAAGGCGUUAUAAAUCAGGUUUAUUUUGAAUUGUAUACGCUCGGGGCCAACCAUCUGCUAAUUCAGUGAAAACAGUCGCUGUUUUGGAUUUAAAUUUAUUCCGUGUAUUUAUUAAAUGUGAAAUAGAAUAUUAUUUAUUCAAUAAGGUUAUUUAAAUGUAGGAAAAAGUAGUUUCUCUGAAUAAGUAGUGUCUCAUAAUUAAUUUACCUAGUAUAAUUUCGUAAGUAACUAUUUAU